AUGUCUAAAAUAUGCGGAUCGUGUUCCGGAUUGAUAACAGCAGAAAAGACCCAUAUACCUAGCUGUUCUACGUGUAAACGUUUAUUCCACCCGAAAGAUGAGAAUGACACCGAAUGCUCCAGUGUCUGUGGAGAUGUUUGGUAUAAGAAAUCAUCGCGGAAAAAGGAAUCCUGGACCUGUUGCGAAUGUAAGAAUGAUAAGGUUGUUGUCGAUGCGGAAAAGAAGUCGGAUAGUGAUCUGCUGGCUAGUAUUGAGAAAAUAUUCGAUCGGAAACUUGAGCAAUUCUAUGAAAAUAGACUGAAACCGAUUGAGCAAGGGCUAGCGAAUAUAUCGAAGCAAGUUGGUGAACAUACCCAGUUGAUCUCGAAGGUUGAAAAAAGGGUGAAAGAUAUCGAAGAUAACGGCUGCUCAAAGUGUACUCAAAUUGCGAACGAACGUGAUGAGUUGAAGGAUAGAGUACAGGUUCUGGAGACAGAUAGCUGGAAUAGUUGGAUUGAAAUCGAAGGACUGCAGAAUUACACGAGGAAGGAUAAUGUGAUAGUCACUGGAAUUCCUGUCUCUGAUCAGGAAGAUCCCUACCAAAUUGCGAUCAAGGCGGCGGAGCUAGCUGGGAUGAAAAUUACAGCUCAGGAUAUCGUUGAUUGCCACCGUUUGCCCUCCAGAGCUAAAGAUUCGGCCCAUCCUCCAUCUUUCAUAGUAAAAUUUGUAAACAGAGAAACUAAAAGAAGAAUGAUUGAUGGUUAUAGGAAAACAAAACCGACAGCUGAUACAUUCGGAGGUGAUAAAAACGUCAAGAUAUACGCCAAUGAGCAUCUGGCACCACUCACGUCAGAGUUAUUCAGACAGGCACGUUCGCUAAAGCCUAUGUACGAGAUUGUUAGAUGUGUAAAUGGCAUCGUAUAUGUGCAGAAGAAUAAGCAGUCACAAAGAAUACGUAUCCAGUCUAAGGUGCAGAUCGGAAAGCUAAAAAGUGCCUUUACCUCUCCAAACAGGGAGAAUUAG